AUGGCCUCAUUUGAAGAUAAGCUAGACAAGGAUAGGGACAAGUGGAUCGUGUGGUUCGAUGGGGCGUCGAACAUUCUAGGCCAUGGCGUUGGGGCAGCAUUGGUUUCUCCGGACAACCAAUGUAUACCUUUCACAGCCAGGUUGGGGUUCGACUGCACUAAUAACAUGGCUGAAUAUGAAGCAUGCGCUCUGGGCAUCCGGGCAGCAAUUGACUUCAAUGUCAAGCUACUCAAAGUGUACGGAGACUCGACGCUGGUAAUUCACCAGCUGAAAGGGGAAUGGGAGACUAGGGAUCACAAACUGAUACCCUACCAGGCCUAUAUCAAGGAAUUGGCUGAGUUCUUUGAUGAGAUCUCAUUCCAUCAUAUUCCCCGAGAGGAAAAUCAAAUGGUACUUGGGGACGGGCAUGAAUGGACGCUAGGCCCAUGA